GGUUACUUCACACGACGUCCAUCUCCACUCUACGCCCCCGAAAAGGCUCCCAUCAGCUCCAUUGACUGCUACAGUACAGUCAAUUGGAGACGCCACACCCUUACCGAUACGCAUAAUACCUCUUCAGAAACUGCUUCGACUCAUCCGCGAUAAUGAUGCGCACAGGAGCUUGCCGCGGCUUGAUGCGGGCAAUCAAGCCCUCCACGUCCCAUGCGACUCGAUUGGCCUUCUCAGGCCCAGCCAACAUGACACAAGCGUCCUCGAAGCUCUGUACAAUGGCCUUCAAGCGCCCGCAAGCCCUUGCAAAGCCAACAACGCAUGCUCUGGCGCGUUACAAGUCUACGCUGAACGUUCAGGAUCAGGAGCUAGAAAAGAGCCUUUUAUAUGAAGAUAUUCCAUCCAACCCAGCGAUCGUGGCCACGGACUCCUCAAUCCACCCAGUCCUUGGUGAGGUUGGUGCACAAGAGCCGGAAAAGGACGUUGACAUGAUGGCCGGUGUGAAGUCUGAUCUGACUGUCAUCAAAGAGACCUUUUCCCUCGAGGCAGUUCCUAAGGAGGCUAUAGCUGUCGGUCUUGCCGGAGUCAUUCCCUACCUUGUCACCUCGCUAUCGACAGUCUAUUGCGCAGCCGAGAUCAAUGCCAAUGCCAUUCACGGCUCCGGAUACCUUAUGUCUGGACAAUCUGCAGACCUUCUGUUGCAAAUUAUUGAGCCGAUGCAAAUUGGAUACGGCGCUGUGAUCAUUUCCUUCCUCGGCGCUAUUCAUUGGGGUCUUGAAUGGGCCAAGUACGGCGGCAGCCAGGGCUUUAAACGAUAUGCCAUCGGCAUCGUCGCUCCAGCUAUUGCCUGGCCUACGAUUAUGCUCUCGCCCAUCUUCGCCCUCUCAACCCAAUUUCUUGCCUUUACCUACCUCUACUACGCAGACUCGCGCGCCUCCAAGCGCGGCUGGGCUCCAACAUGGUACCCGGUCUACCGUUUCGUCCUGACCUUCAUUGUUGGUGCCUCCAUCAUCAUCACGCUGAUCGGCAAGGGCCAGAUCAUCGAGGACCACCACUCCAGGCUACCCAACCCCGUAGAUCGUAUCCGCGCAUUCCGCGACAACUACAUUGAUGAGGCAUCUGCCAACGAGGCCUCCAACAAGGAGGAGACGAUCGAGAAGAACAAGGCGAUCAAAGAGGAAGAAUAGACUUGGCGGCAUCGUGCCAUUGCCGGGUGGGGGAGUCCGUGAAAGAAAAGGGCUUUAUUUUUUUUUACACGAUAGAUCGUUCGGGAUUGCUACGUGCGUGAAUGUAUCAAGUCGAUGAGAGUGUCGGAUGUGCCGGGGGCGACUGUAUAUUGCACCAAACCUGUUCCUAUGUCAAAACUUCUUUCUGUGAA